GGCUCGCACUGCGUCUUGCCUCAUGCACAGCACGAGCCGCGGAAGCGAGGAAAGCAGCUGCCUCCUGGCACGGUCCGACCCGCUCUCGAGCGCUGAACGGCGAUGGCGGCGGGACGAAGCGAGCCGCCGCAGUACGGCUUCCAGCCGGCGGUGCUGGACGAGGGGCACGGCCAGCAGUUCGGCAUGGGCGUCAUCAGCAGCCAGCCCGGCGCGAUGGGCGGCGUGGCCGGCGGCGGCACUGCGCCUGGCCUCCAGUACCUGGCGCAUGUCGACCAGCUACUCGUCCAGCAGAAGGUCGAGCUGCUAGAGGUCUUCACCGGCUUCGAGACAAAAAACAAGUACGUCGUGACGAACAGCAUGGGCCAGCGGCUGUUCUACGUGGUGGAAGACACGGACUGCUGCACGCGCUGGUGCUUCGGGCCGAUACGACCGUUCGACAUCCGUGUGCUGGACUCGCAACAGCAUGAGGUGCUGCAUCUAAGCCGGCCGCUGCGCUGCCAGGGCUGCUGCUGCCCCUGCUGUCUGCAGGAGCUGGAGGUGACGGCUGGUGGCCAGGUGAUCGGUCUCGUCAAGGAGGAGUGGGCGUUCCUCAGGCCCAAGCUGACGGUGAUGCGGCCCGACGGCACUCCAGUGCUGCGCAUCGGCGGCCCCAUCUGUCAGUGCGCGCUCUGCAGCGAUGUUAGCUUCCCCGUGCUCUCCGCCGACCGCUCUCGGGAGGUCGGCAACAUCACUAAGCAGUGGAGCGGCUGCGUUAAGGAGAUGUUCACCGACGCGGAUAACAUGGGCGUCAGCUUCCCCAUGGACCUGGAGACCAACAUGAAGGCAACUCUGCUAGGUGCUCUCUUCCUGAUCGAGUUCAUGUACUUUGAACGACAGAACUAGCCGAGAGUAGCCAGACUGCUUGCGAGUAUGUCCAAAUUCAGACGGUCUAUACAGAAGGUGAAGUGUGGGCGCUCAAUCACUGAUGGCCAUGCGCAGCGGUGUUGUUUCCCACGCAGUGUGGGGGCUCGAGACCUCUCCCCAACUUUGAAAAGAAAAUGUGUAAAAUUAGAGAAAAAUCGUUUUCUUGAGUAUUCUGGUGGUAGGCUAAGAUUCGUCUCAUUGCUGAGCGUUAUGCGCGAGGUAUUUUGCACAACGCCCCCGGUUGCACCGCUGCACCACGCCGACCGCCACCUGUCGUCUGUGCUCUCACAUGUGGUACUGUGGACCGCCUGCUGUUGACGUUAAUGCCAUGCGAGCGCGGAACAGAUGCAGUCCCACGUCCUUCAAUGCCCUCGGAAAUCGGCUUGGCUGUAAUUCGGCUUUACGAUCAGUCAGCAAGCAGUGUUUGCAACCAUCCUUAAUCGGUCAUGUGUGGUGGUCUGCCUUGGGUACUGAAGUUUUGACUUCAAUGUGACCUAUGUUUUUGCGAGCAUAAACAAGAUUGAAUCAAG